UCGAAACGGGUGAAAAAAGUAAUUGAAGCGCGUUUAAAAUGAUUAGCUCAUAUCUCACGCUCGUUUUAUCUUUGCAUUUUUUUUGUUGAAACAAGUUAUUUAAAUAUUGUCAAAUAAGCCAUGAAUAUUCUACCAAAUUUUCAAAGUACACCACUAAAGGGAGAAGAUAAAUUAGAAGAUUCUAAGACUGGUAGAAUUAUCAAUAACGGUAAAGGAUCUGACAUACCCUUUAUAUAUUCUUCUGCUGGGAGGGAAUAUUUAAAUUUAAUUAAACAAAACAGUGAAGAAGAUUGUGCAAUCAAAUUUACAGCAAAUUCAAUGCCUCAAAAUGGGUUAAAUGAGCAAAAUACAAUUUAUCAACAAAGAAAAGAAUUGCAACUUAUGAUACAAGAACUGAAGAUUAGAGAUAAAGAAUUAAAUGACAUGGUACACUCACAUCAUAAGCAGCUUAUCUCGUGGGAGAUGGAUAAAAAACAUAUGCGUUUUUUAGAAAAAGAAUUAUCAAAAAAUAAAAUUGAAUUAAAAAGAAGACAUGAACAGAUAAAGCAGUUACGCGAAAGAUUAAAAGUUUGUGAAAGUGGAGCACAAUCGAAAUCACAUGAGCUAGAAACAACACAGAUCCACCUUCAGCAGAUAUCUUUCAAAGCCAGCCAGUCAUCUAAUCAACUAUUAGAAAUCGAGAUGAAGAAUAAAAGUUUAAAAAACUCUGUUGAAGAAUUAUCAUCCACUGUUGCUAAUUUACAAGGGCGUGAUCAGAAAACAACAACAUUAUUGCGUUUAAAGGAAAAAGAUCUAUGUGAUGCCAAUAAAAAGAUUGAUGAACUUUUGGAAAAAAUCGAAAAUUAUAAAGAAACUUGCCAAGAAUUAAAAGAGAAGGAAACUGGCUAUAAAAAUGAAGUUGAAACUUUUCGCAAUGAAAACUCAGGACUAAAAAUUGAAGUUGAAAAUUUAAAAAAAUCCGUGAGUCAAUUGCAUACAUCAAUGUCACAUGAAGAUAUUUCACAGUUAAAACAAGAAAAUGUUUUUCUUCAAAAAGAAUUGUUUCAUGCAGGAGAAAGAGAGAAGCGCAAAGAAUGUUUGAUUGAAUUGUCUAAAUCUCGUCAAGAAAGAACAGAAGCAGAGUUAGGACAUAUGAGACAGUUAUAUGACAAUGUCCAAAGAGAGAUUUUGUUACUGAAACAUAAAAUUGCUACCAAUGACGACAGUUUUAGUAUUGCUUCCGAUUUGGAAUCAUCCUUUUGUUACAGUGGAAUGGAAAAAAUGUCUCAUGCAGGCUCAAUAUCAUCAGAAGAGAAGAGAGAAAGAGAAGAUUUUCUGCUUGAGAAAGUGAAUCUUCACAGUAAAAGUUAUGAAAUGGAGGACUUAACAAGAAUGUCAGCUUCAGAGCUCAUGAAUCACUGUAAAUGGAAAUUAGAAUCAACAAAUGGGGAGCUUCAUUAUAAAUCUGAAACACCUCCAAAGUCGCAAGUGCAACCACUAAAUAUAUCUUUAGAUCCCUAAUAUCAAAUAUGACAGAAAGUUCAUGAAUUUUUUAAAGAAACUUUUAUCAUAUAAAUUUUUAAAAUCUAAAAUGAUGUAAAGAGUCAUAAAACAUUAUACAUAGUUUUUGUUUUGUUCUGUUUUACUAAAGUCUAAUAGUUUU